CCCAAUAAUCUUUUUUCUUUAUUAGUAUUAGGACUAUAAUAUUGUAAUUAUCAUUAUCCGUAAUCAAAAUCAGCCUCCACCAACUAACACUGUCCAAUCAUAUUUUAUUUCCAAAUUACACCACCUAACCUAAGUGUUCAAUCAUUCUAACUAACCUCACCCUUUUUUUUUUAUAAAAAUAUAUUACUAUUCCUUAAUUUUCACGAGCUGCUUCAGAGUCAGAGCUUCCUUUUAUUUCAACCUUGAUCCAUACUCUGUCACUUUUUCCACAUUCUUCUUUUUUUCUUCUGGUUUUUCAUUCACGUUACAUAAAUCACGGUUAAUGUUUUUUUUUCCCUCUUAUUCUCUACAUAAUAGCUUCAUCAUAACGCAUGCUUCAUUAUUGCUGUUCUAGCUUCUUGUCGUUUUGCAUAAGCCUCUAGAAAUAUGUUACUUUCUAAUGGAGAAGACCAGAUUCUGUUGCCUUCGGAAAAUGAAACCCAGGUUUCAAAAGCUGAUUCAGCUGAUGGAUCGUUACUGGUUUCAAAGGUUUACACUGAUGUGGCUGUUGUUCCCGAGCACCAAAACAACGAGAUUCAACACUUGAUAUCCAAUUUACAAAGAGAGGUUGAUGAACUGAGGCUGAAGCAGAGAAUAGUGGAUGAAAAGAGGAGACAAGCAUUGAGUAAGAUAUUGGAUAUCAAAGGGAGCAUUCGAGUGUUUUGUAGAAUUCGACCGACGAUAGAGAAGAGAAGAAAUUAUGAACCUGUAUCGGCUGAAUCAGAGAGAAUUCGAGUUAAGUUUGGAGGGAUAAGGAAAGAAUUUGAGUUUGAUAGGGUUUUUCAUCAAGACACAACUCAAGAAAGUGUUUUUGUUGAGGUGGAGCCAAUUCUAAGAUCUGCAAUGGACGGGCACAAUGUGUGCGUUUUCGCUUAUGGUCAAACCGGCACAGGCAAGACAUUCACUAUGGAUGGUACUAAUGAGCAGUCAGGGAUUAUUCCUCGUGCUAUUGAAGAGCUCUUUCGUCAAGCAUCAAUGGAUGCCUCGUCUUCUUUUACUUUUUCAAUGAGUAUGUUGGAAGUUUACAUGGGCCAUGUCAGGGAUCUGCUGACUCCAAGGCAGUCUUGUAGAACACAUGAACCUCUCACUAAGUGCAAUCUCAACAUCCAAACAGAUCCAAAAGGAUUGGUGGAAAUUGAGGGUCUCUCAGAAGUGCAAAUUUCCGAUUGUGCUAAAGCAAGAUGGUGGUACAACAAGGGAAAACGAUUCAGGUCAACCUCGUGGACUAAUGUAAAUGAGGCAUCAAGCAGGUCACACUGCUUGACAAGGAUAACCAUAUUUAGACGCGGGGAUUCUUCUGAUGCCAAAAGCGAAACAAGUAAGUUGUGGAUGGUUGAUCUUGGAGGCAGCGAACGGUUGCUAAAAACCGGGGCCAGAGGACUAACACUUGACGAAGGUCGGGCUAUUAAUCUUUCUCUUUCAGCUCUAGCUGAUGUCCUUGCAGCUUUGAAGAGAAAGAGGUGUCAUGUGCCUUACAGAAAUAGCAAGCUGACCCAGCUACUGAGAGAUUCUCUCGGUGAUGGCUCCAAGGUCUUGAUGCUCGUGCACAUUAGCCCUUCCGAAGAAGAUGUUUGCGAGACGAUUUGUUCUUUAAACUUUGCAAAGAGAGCAAGAGCAAUAGAGUCCAAUAAAGAAGUACCUAUGGAAUUGAAAAAGCAAAAGGAGAGAAAGAUUAUGGAGCUCGAGGAAGACAUUAUGGAAGCUGAAAAAGAACGUCAGAGUUUAAGGGAUCAAAUACAGAAAGUUGAGUUAAAGUUAAGCGAGAAUAAAAAGCUCUUUUCAACCACAUGUAGUCUUAAGGAAAGUGAUAACUUAGAAAAUUCUACUAGUCUCAAAGAUGAUUUCAAAGAGGUCACUGAAACACCUAAAGCAUCUAAGAAAUCUAUUCAAAGAAGCUCUAAUUCAGUGCCUCGAUUCAUGAACUCAACUGUUGCUAGUCGACAUAGGCAAAUUGCAGCUGAACAAGAAAUCGGUAGCAGAACAAAAAGUUUAAGAUCAAUAGUCACCAAAAGUUCAAUCCAGUUCCCAUGUUCACAAUCAUUAAAUUAUUCAGAUCUUCGCAUCAAAACAAUACUGCGAAGUUCAACUGGAAAGUCUCGGUAUACUGGAACAAAUAAUGUUCCAAAUAUUAUCAUUCAUUCAGAAAGGCCUAAGUGCAGUGAAUUGGAAUCAAAAGUCAUAAGUCCUCGAAGUACAACGGUUACAGCAUCAGAUUCAAAUUUGAGAGUAACAUUGUGUCGUCAUAGAAGAAGGAUGUCAAAUCUGAUAUAAGGGUUACAACACAUCUUAAUUGCUAAUGUUAUCAAGUAGUUGAGUGUUAACAAAUUAUAGACAAGGUGUGUUUUCUAGGUUGUUUGGUGGUUGGUAUCUGUUAAUUACUUGUUUAACUAGGGGUUUUUUGUUUUGUUUUAGAGCUUGUUGAGUCCUAAUAGUAAUUUGCUAAUGUGAUGUAACAUAAUGGGCAGCAACAAACUUUUUGUGAAGCUUGUCCAUGAUCUUUAAAAGAAGUUGUGAAUACAACAGUUUUUCUGCUU